AUGAACACCUCGGCUGUCUCGAGUUCAAUGGCCUCCACCUGCCAACAAGCAGGUCUCAACGACACGCAGAUCGUCCAAACCAAGAACGACAACACCAUCACCAUCGUCUUCGGCACCUCCGCUGUCGUCCUCGCGGCUUUCGCCUUGAUCGUAGCAAUGUUACAAUUGAGGAGGACUCCCAAGCCCAAUACCGUGGCCGUCGAAGGAAUAGUAGCAGAGAGCGUAUGA